AUGACUGGACAUGACGAAAGAGAAAUCCCAACCUUUUAUAUCAUGUGGUCAAGACUAUCCUCUUUUAGUUAUAGCUUUGUGCCUAAUCAUUUUGUUCCCCUUUUUUCGCAAAGAGAAUGGCAAGAAAUUAAUUACGAUGAGGAAUUCCCGCCUUUGGCAAAUGAACAAGAAGUUAAAAGCCCAAAAGCAAAAAGGUACGUUUUAUUUUCUGGAAAGCUCAGAUGAUUCUUUUAGCAGCAUCAAUGCCAAAUUUGAUACUUUCCAAUAUGUAAUUAAUUUCAGUUUAGUAACAUAGGAUUGUAGAGAUAAUGUAAUAAUAGUAGAAGACAUUUAGUGGUGCACGACAGAGAGGGGGUGGGGGGGGGGAUAGAUGCAUGGUUGACGAAAUAGCUUCUGUCUUCCCAUCACCUAGCGCGUUUUGACUAACAAUUAUGUAAUUUGCUUUCCCCAGUAAUAUUACGUAAUUUUACUAAAACUUCGUAAGGCUGUGCGAAGGAGUGUGAUCCAAACUGACAGAAAGUUACAAAUAAUUAUAUGAUUAUUAUAGUAGUACAGUUCUCACCUUCACAUACAAUAGCGGUCUCACAUACUGCAGUUGCCAAUCGCCAUUUUGAAAAAAUAUUGCAUCAUUUAUUGAAAACAAUCCGUGUUUAUUAGUUUACUUAGUCGUAAAAUUUACUCGUCUGCAGACGUCUUUUACUCGUCUGUCACUCGGGUGUAGUUUUAGAAUAGAUCCAGAUAUAUUCAUAGCCGAAGGUAUUUCGCUCCAAAAAGCGUACAGGAUUAAUUUUGUGUAAUAGAAUGAGGCGGUCAAGGGUAUAGAAACCAAAAACUGUCUGAAAAAACAAUUUAAAUUAAUAUAACUGGAAUGCUACUUGGAGCCAAACUUGAAGGCCAGUCCCAGCUAGUCUUUUCCCGCAUGCGAAGAGCCCUCAAUCAGUCAAUUAAGCUUUAAACAAGACACGUUAGUAGUUUUUCCAUUGUAGUGAAGAAAUUUAUUCUUGUUGUUGAUAGUAACAUAUAUCAUGUUGUUUUAGGAUAAAGAAAAAUAAUUAUUUCAAAGAAGGAAGCACUACCAUAAAUCCUAGAGAUGACACAAUAAAAUCUCAGCAUCAAACAACGUCAUUACCAUUUCCUAACGUAUCGCAUCAUUCGUAUGAAAAUAAAGGCCAAAGGAUCAACAAUUAUGCACAAGAAAGAUUCAAAGUUUCAAAUUUAUCAUCUCGUCCAUUCCUGAAUGCAUCUGAAACGUGGUAUGCCAACCAAUCUCAUCAUUGGUACGAAAAAAGAGGAGAAAAGAUCAAUAAUGCCCAAGAAAAAUUCAAAGACUCAAAUUCUUCAUUUCGUCCAUUCACGAAGGCAUCUGAAACGUGGUAUGCCAACCAAUCUCAUCAUUGGUACGAAAAAAGAGAACAAAAGAUCAACAAUGCCCAAGAAAAAUUCAAAGAUUCAAAUUCUUCAUCUCGUCCAUUCACGAAAGCAUCUGAAACGUGGUAUGCCAGAACUAGGGAGGAAACUUUCAAAAAGGGCAGUGAAGAUAGCCUACCAUUUAAACAUGCGUCCGAAAAAUGGUAUAAAAAUAGAGGUAAAUUAUUUGGUAAAAAUCGAUCCAGAAAUCAGAAGAUGCAACAAACACCGGUUGAGAAAAAGUCUCUGGAGGAAAGUGUAGCAGAACUCGAGGCAAAACCUAUUGAAGAAAAGUUAUCUGAUGUUGUUAAAAAGGAUUGUGCUUCAGUGAUAGAAGCAGGAAAAUACUUAAUUGAGAAUGGUCCUUUGGUAUCUGCUAAGGAUCUUGGGAGAGUAUACAAGGAAGCACGAAAGAGCUCUGGGAAAAGACCAUUUCGUCCAUCUGAACUGGUUAGAAAAUUAAAAAAACACUUUAAUAUUACUCAAGUUGCUAUAAACGGAAUCGUUUACAUACUGGAAAACAAGUACCCCAAAAUUCAAAAACUUGCAAAGAGUCUGGAUGAUAGUAUGGAAUUGAAUAAGAAGAAAAGUGUGAACGAUCAUAUUAAAAAUAGUAUUGGCCACUUGUUCAAUGACGCCCUUGCGUUUUCUGGCACCAAAAAAGACCGAGAUAUUAUUAAGGCACUUUUCACGAAAGCAACUAGCGUUCAAUUUGUCGCUGAUCUAAUGAAAAUAAAGAACAAAAGUUCCAUAAUGGCUUGCCGGGAUGAGUUUGAAGGAAAUUUAAAUGAAUUUGAUGAAUUGCGAAAUACAUCACAAAUCGUUCGUAACGACAUGACUUGCGAGCAGCAACGAAGACUAACGGUUAGAAUAAUUAAUAAAAGAAAGCAGAAUAUGUGUUUGGCUUAUGAAACUAGAGGAAGAAAUUUCAAGUCUGAUGUUUUUCCUCAGCUCGGGUUAAUUUUGGAAAACAUUUUCCAAGCUGGCGACGCAGGCGAUGGUGGUAUGGAAUGCCAUCCUAGACUCACGACGGAUGUGCAAUAUCGCAGCAAGGACAAUAACUUUUUUAUGAGACAAGCACGAGAAAUACUCUUAAGUGUGGCACCUCCGAAAUUUUCCAUAGCUUUAUCAACAUGCUAUAACUACACUGAAUCAUAUAAACAAGGGACAUAUUCGGCAAAACGCCAUCAUAGUGGGAAGAACAUUAACGCAAGAGUAUCUUUGAAGCAACCUCCAAGAAUAGGUGCAUUUAAAAACGUAGUAAAUUUACACUGGAGCACAAAAAACGUCAAUCUGCUUUUGGAAGACAGUGAAAAUAACGCAGAAGAUCAUAUGAUUGAUUCUCGUGACGCUAAAAGUAUGAUUUGCGGUGAUAUUCCGCCCGUGCAGCUUCCUGGUAAAAGCUGGAAACCUAUAAUAUAUCCGGUCACACUUUUGAUCAAGGAAAGACAAAUGCUGUUUAUCCAAAAACGCAUUUAAUUAUGGAUACUUCUAAGUUUCGAUCGACGCUUGAAAAACAAACGGAUGAUUCCACUGAUGAAAUCGAGAAAAGAAUUGUCACUAGAACAGGACAAGCAGUUAUGCUAGUAAAUCUAUCUUUCUUUGAACCGGAAACAACAUUUCGUGGAAUGAACGAAAUCUUUCAUAUGUUAACAUUACCGGAAUUAGAUGGCCUUUUUCGAAAUCCAAGCAGCAAAAAGUUGAAAAGCAUUUUCAACUUUAUUGUUGAUAAUGGUCAUUCUGAAGAUCCAGAUAGCCCGCUCACCCAAAUGUGUUUGGUACGAAUUUUAAGGAUGCUUGGUCUUUCCAAGAUAUCGCAGCGCUCGUUCGCAGAGUACCACAGCAAACGGAAUUUUGCCGAGAGACCUCACGCAGCAGCUAAUGAAGUGCUAUCGCGACACGGUGCAUUUAGCAGCAGUUUAAUUCACAAAAAUGCAACAACAGGUAGUAACGAGCAUCGGGAAAACAUGGAGGAAAUGGCUAAAAAUGUACAGAAUUGUUUAAGUCAGGCGAGAUUUGGAGGCCAUUUUAUCAAAGCAGUUCGAGGGGUCAUUGAAAACGAACAGAUAUUUAACGAUGAGCGUGAACUUAAGCAAUUCUUAGCUUUAAAUGAAGAACGAAAAUCUGAGUGUACGUGGACGUACACAGCUGCACAAAACCAACCUUUUGAGACGCUAGCUUUGUGUUGGGGCUUGCCACAAAAAUAA